UGUAAUCUUAUCACAAAAAAGACAUCUAAUGGCCAUCUUGUUGAUCUCGCUAACUCUUGCCGAGUAAGCCCAAGCCAUGGUCUUUCCUAUCUUCUUUUGGCGCCAUUAAAAUAUCAACUACAUAACACAUAAGAAAGGCAAUAAGAACUAAGAAUAAAAAAUAUAUAAUUUGGCAGAAUCUGGGCAAAAUUUGGGCAGAAUUUUUCUGAAAAAAAUUUGUCAGCAUUUCGGCGCUUUUUGGACGUUUAGAAAGAAGAACAUACCUGUUGAAACUUGAAAGCUGUUGUUGACUUGUUGUAAUGUUGAAGAAGACGAAGAAGAACCCUAGUUUGCUUGAACAAAUCGUUGCUUCAUGUGAGGAAGAAAUCGCUGGUCUUUUGAGGAAGAAAAGGCUAGUUUAUAAACCUAGGUUGCUACUGAAGAAUGACUAAAACAGAAGACUCACUCGAUUUGGGUCUUUUAAUUGAAAAAGACUCGUUUGGGCUUUUAUUUCCAGAAGCGAUCGCUUCUUCCGCUCCCUACCGCUUCACCGCUUCUCGCUUUUUUGGGAGAAGCGAUCGCUUUUUACCACCUGAGCCGCUUUUAGUUGGGGUAGCGACCCACCCAGCGCUCCGCUUCGCUUCUCGCUUAAAGCGAGGAAGCGGUCGCUUUUUUUAACACUGUCUCUGCCUCUUCUAAACUUCCUAGAUUCUCUCUGCUGUUCCUAGCAUCACAAAAUCAACUCUGAAUAUAAGUUCCUAAAGCCCCGUUUGGCUGGGCUAUGGUGAAACUUGAGAGGCUCUCGCUUCUCUACACAUUUCAUAAUUUUCACAAUCUUGAAUGAUGAAAUUAAAACACUGAAUGACCGAAUUGCUUAUCAUCAAAUCUAAAAUAAAAAGGGAGAGCUUCUCUCUUCUUAACAUGAGAAGAAGAGGAAGAAAACAUGAACAACUCCACUGCAGCUAUUGUGUCAAGAAGGGAGUGUAAUGGUCAAUUAUCUCAUGUGACUAUUUCUUAGUGCAUAGUAGUUUUCAUUAUUGCUGAUCGGCUACUGUAUCAUAAUGUUAUGAGGAAUAAAGGAGUACAUGCCCUUCAAAUAAGAAAAGAAAGGAAAGGGCUGCUGAGUAGACUUGUAGUCAUGCAAAACAGUCGGGUUUUAUCUUUCUUUGCAAUGUCCAAAAGUUGUGGCAUCUCUUGGAGAAUACUUGUCCUUUUCUUGACGCCUGAGUGGCAUACUGGUGUCACCCAUUGCUUUCUUACUCAUUAAGUGAGCAUGAGCGUAGCUAUAUCAACCUUUUGAAAGUGCAAUCGCUAACCCUGUUUGAUCAGCAUAUAUAACUGCCAUUACCUUUCUUUUGAGUCAAUCAUUGCUUGCUGAGCAGGAAGGAAAGCAAUGAUCCCGUGACUAAAACGAAAGCAAAUGAAGAGUACCUGGAAGCUAAAGAGGAGCAAAUGACAUUGUUAGAGCUGUCCGGAGAUCUUACUACAGAAUCUGAACAACACACAGAGGGGAGGAAGGAGGAAACCAAGAUUUCACUGGAAUACAACAGCGACAUGAAGAAGGCAAGACUCCAUUCAACACUGGUUGCUCUCCUCAACGAUCCUGUGCUAUCUGAUGUACCCAAAAAACCAACUCUGAUGGAUGUGGACACCCUUAUCAGCUUGGAACUUGGGAGUGCCAUGCGCAUCUCUAUCCUCAAAUUGGAUGGCAGCUGCUUUGUGAUGAAUUCCGCGACAGUUAAAGACUUGAAACAAGCUGUUCGGCUAAGGAUUGAUGACAAUGAGCAAUCUAAGAUGGGCCAUCGACAUAUUUCUUGGAGGCAUGUCUGGUCAAAUUUUUGCCUUUUAUUUCACAAUGAGAAGUUACUUGAUGAUACUGCUAAACUUCAGGACUACGGCAUUAGGAACAAUGCUCAGGUGCAAUUCAUUCCCUAUGUCAUCUCGAGGGCCUCAAAGAAGCAUUCGAAGAGGAGAAAACACCGAUUUUUUCAUGGCCUAAGCAAAAGAGGACGAACAACUGAUUGAAUCAGGGGUUAGAUUACUGCAUACAGAAGCCAUAGAAUGCUUCUAUCUAGCUUCUAACCACUCGGAUAUAAUAGCAGCGCUGGUGUAAAACCGAGGAAAAAACAAUCUAGCCUAGGCGCCUUCUCAAUUGCCUAGUUUUGAGAUGAGCUUAAAUGGAGUGAGAUGGCCAACGAGUAUUCAAAUAGCUGAGCUCUACUUUUUCGGAUUGAGGUCUAGCUGUUGCUAUUGUACAACUGCCUAGCUUUAUAAAAUAUAGCUACAGGAGGUACCAAAGAAAUUUUAUGUUAGAUUUUUCCCUCUGUAGAAAGCUCUAUUUGGUUAAUAUUGUUACUUUCUAAAACGUUUUCUGGUUUGGAAGUAAAUGUUGCAAUUCACGAAAAGAUUACUUCCUAACGAACACUUAGUCUUAACAUUUAUAACCAAUAUUUGUGUACAAAUC